CCCCUCCACUUUCUCUACUAGUCCCCUCUUUUCUUCCCGAAGUUUUUCAUCCUUUUUGACUUUUUUUUUUUUAACUCAAGGCAGGUUGGGGGUGGGAGAAGAAGAGUUGCAAAUUUCCUCUCUUCCUAACCCUCCCAUCGCCAACCCUUGAAGAAGGAGAAGAUAAUAGAGAAGAGAAAGAGGAGGAGGAGGAAGAGGGGAGGAGGAGGAGGAGAGAAGCCGGGCCAGCGUUGGCGGCGGCGGCUCCUCGGAAGGGGAAGAGCCCCCGGGAGACGGACGCGGGUGACAACUUUCGUUUCUUCCCGAGAGAGCGAGGGAAGCGCAAGAGAGAGAUUGGGGGAAAGCUCUCGGUCUCUGGUAAAGCUGCUGGUGAGAGGGUGCCGAGGUAAAAAAAGGAUGAGGUAAUGCAGGGGUAGCCCCAAAGCAUCUUUUGUUGGAGUCGUGAAAUGGUUACUCCAGUCAUCUCUUUAUGAAUCAAAUGUGAGGGGCCGCUUUGUGGAAUGAGCCUUUUGUGACAGCAUAUCCACGGGAAAGAGAAAGAGACAUUCACUUGGAGGACUCUUGCUGAAAAUGGGUUUAAGUUUCAUUUUGCCAGUCGCUACCAGGCUGACCUCAUACUUCUUGGGCACAAUGGAGUGGCUAAGCCUUUGAGUACACAACCAUUACAUCAUCGGGGCAAAUUAAAACGGAGGUAAUAAAAGAGGACUUAUUGUUGACAUGGCUGAUGAGAUGACUGGGACUCAAAUUGUUACCGAGAGGUUGGUGGCUCUGCUCGAAAGUGGAACCGAGAAAGUCCUCCUAAUUGAUAGCCGGCCCUUUGUGGAAUACAAUACGUCCCACAUUUUGGAAGCCAUUAAUAUCAACUGCUCCAAGCUGAUGAAGCGCAGGCUCCAGCAGGACAAAGUGUUCAUUACGGAGCUCAUCCAGCACUCUGCCAAACACAAGGUUGACAUUGAUGGCAAUCCAAAGGUGGUGGUAUAUGAUCAAAGCUCUAAAGAUGUCGCCUCUCUCGCUUCUGACUCUUUUCUGACUGUACUCCUGGGUAAACUGGAGAAGAGCUUCACCUCUGUGCACCUCCUUGCAGGUGGGUUUGAUGAGUUCUCCCGUUGCUUCCCUGGCCUCUGUGAAGGAAAAUCUUCGUUAGUCCCUACCUGCAUUUCUCAGCCCUGCCUACCCGUCACCAACACUGGGCCAACCCGAAUUCUACCGAAUCUUUAUCUCGGCUGCCAGCGAGAUGUCCUCAACAAGGAGCUGAUGCAACAGAAUGGGAUUGGUUAUGUAUUAAAUGCCAGCAAUACCUGCCCAAAGCCUGACUUCAUCCCUGAGUCUCACUUCCUGCGAGUGCCUGUGAAUGACAGCUUUUGUGAGAAAAUUUUGCCAUGGUUAGACAAAUCAGUUGAUUUCAUUGAGAAAGCAAAAGCUUCCAAUGGAUGCGUGUUGGUACAUUGCUUAGCUGGAAUUUCUCGAUCGGCCACAAUUGCUAUUGCCUACAUCAUGAAGAGGAUGGAUAUGUCCUUAGAUGAAGCCUAUAGAUUUGUGAAAGAGAAAAGGCCAACUAUUUCUCCAAACUUCAAUUUUCUGGGCCAACUGCUGGACUAUGAGAAAAAGAUUAAGAGCCAGACUGGAGCCCUGGGUACAAAAAGCAAGCUUAAACUUCUGCACCUAGAGAAAGCAAGUGACUUUGUGGCCCCGGCUUCAGAGGGCGCACAGAAGAGUGAAACCUCCAUUGGUACCCACUGUGCUCCCUCCGAUCCCACGGGGCAGAGGUCUGUGCACCCUGCGAGUCUCCCAGGCGUGCAGCUAGCGGCAUUUGAGGACAGCCCUCUGGUACAGGGGAUCAACGGACUCCACAUGUCUUCAGAUAGCCUAGAAGACAGCAACAAACUCAAGCGUUCCUUCUCCCUAGAUAUCAAGUCCAUUUCGUACUCCUCCAGCAUGGCGGCCUCUUUGCACAGUUUCUCCUCAUCGGAGGAGACCCUGGAAUACUACAAGCCCUCCGGCGCUUUGGACGGAAGCAGCAAGCUGUGCCAGUUCUCUCCAGUUCAGGAAGUGUCCGAACAGACCCCCGAGAGCAGCCCGGACAAGGAGGAAGCCUCCGUCCCCGAAAAGACCCAGGCUCCUUGGCCGUCGGAGAGCCAGAACAAGAGGCUGCACCCUGGAAGAAGCAACACUCCCCAGAGGCCCCCGCCGUCUCCCCUGCACCGAAGCGGGAGCGUGGAGGACAACUACCGCACCAAUUUUGUGUUCGGCCUUUCUACGAGCCAGCAGCACCUGGCCAAGUCCGCCGCCGGCCUGGGCCUCAAGGGCUGGCACUCGGACAUUUUGGCUCCCCAGGCUUCCGCCCCUUCCUUGCCCAAUAGCUGGUACUUUGCCGCCGAGUCCUCUCACUUCUACUCGACGUCGGCUGUGUACGGGGGCAGCGCCAGGUACUCCGCCUACAGCUGUAGCCAGCUGCCCACGUGCAGCGACCAGGCCUUCCUGGUGCGCCGGCGGCAGAAGCCCAGCGACCGGGCCGACUCGAGGCGCAGCUGGCACGAGGAGAGCCCUUUCGAAAAGCAGCUCAAACGCAGGAGCUGCCAGAUGGAGUUCGGAGGGAGCAUGAUGUCAGAAAACAGGUCCCGAGAGGAGCUGGGGAAAGUGGGCAGCCAGUCGAGCUUUUCGGGGAGCAUGGAGAUUAUCGAAGUCUCCUGA